GCUCACCUGCUCCCUCCUUUCUAAACUGGCACUUCUCCAUGCCAUCAUCUGGAAGAAUGCUUCCUUCCUCACAUACGAGAAUGAACGGUGGGGAUUCCCAGAGGCCAAGAUGCAGUUGAGUAGGAGGGAAGCCAAACUAUUUAAAAAGUAUCUGCCCAAGCUGUGUUGCAGUCGCAUCCACAACAGUACUGUGGCUCUAAGCUCCUCCUUCACAGCCUGGUGGCUUUCAAAGGAUGGGAACUUUCAUCCACAGUCUGUAUUUCUGCCUCAUCAUUCUCUCCUGUCAUGGGGAAAGUGAAUUUCAAAAUCCAGAGGCUCAAAUCUACGUUUCCAAACCCUCUGGUCAUCACACAUUCAACUAUUCUUCAGUAACUAAACAACAAACUCUUCAGCAAAGUUUGGGUUCCUUGCAAAGUACCAUGAAAAACGUGAACAAGAAGAUGACAGACCGCAGCAAGACUCUUGAAAGUUUAAACCCACUGCAGAACAGGAGCUCCAUACUAAAUUCAACAGACUACCAAGUGGAUGAACUGUACACUCAGAAGCACACAGAAAUAAUGGAAGUGAUGGAUUCAUCAAAGGAUCAACCAUUACUGAAUGCAAGAAUGUCUCUUGAACCAAGAAAACACAAUUUACAUGAGGAACCAGUGCUGAAGUUGAAAGCUGUGGAUCACAGAAAACACAAUGACACACCUUCACCUUCAGUGGCAAUGAAGCCAGAAGGAUGUGGAAUCUCAAUGAAUGGCAUUUUAGACCUAUCAAACAGAAACUUGUCUGAGAAGGAAUUGAGAGUGACAAUUGAAUCUGGGCCUUGCUGGGCUACACUGGACAAAAUCCAAGUACUUAAUGCCAGCCACAAUAACCUGGAAGGAGAUCUCAUCAUCCUAAUUUUACUGUUCCUCAAUAUGAAGAAUGUGCGUGCUAUAGAUUUGAGUUGUAACAACUUAACAUUCAAUGCUAUGUGCGCCGAAGAGAUCCAGGAUCUGGAAGAAAGCAAGCUGAUAUUUUUAAAUCUCAGCCACAAUCCUUUAAAAACUUUGAGUGACCUCUGUCUCCCUCAAAGCCUCAAAGGGAUUGAUUUAUCUUUCACCCAAAUUGACAGAAUACCACAAGAGUUUGCCAUACUUUUUUCAAACAUGGAAGAGAUUUAUCUCCAAGGGAACCAGUUUGUAUACACUGUGAAAACACUUCAGUCCGUGUUAAUUGGUGAUGUGGGCACCUCAUCCGUUUCGUAUGUUGAUUUGCCAAAACACAGCCUCAUUGAAAGCCUCCCCCACAGAGUAAAGCAUCUAGUAUUGUCGAACUGUUCCAUCGUAGAACUUCCAGAAUGGUUUGCACAGAAAGUGGGCCAACUGUUGUUUCUGGACCUUAGCAAUAACCCCAUGAAUUCAUUCCCAGGCCUGCCAACUACUUUGCAACGCCUGGAUUUAAGCAAUAGUAACAUCAAAGCUAUGGCAAACCUUAAAUUCAUCUCCAAUUUGACAGUAGUUAACAUUCCAAACAACAAAAUAGAAGAUAUUUCCCCAAAGCAUGUUCCCUACUCACUAGAAGAAUUCGAUAUUAGUAAAAAUAAAAUACGACGGAUGCCUUUCCUUGGUGCACACUCAAAAUUAAAAAGUUUGAACAUUUCUGGAAAUGUCAUAAUGCAGCUGAACGUCAACACAUCUCACCCCUCCCUCAGCAACUUAGACGCAAGCCAUAAUUUAAUCACAGAGUUACAUGACGAGAUGGGGACAUUUCUGCCAGAACUGAAAUUUCUGAAUUUGUCAGGAAACAAGAUCUCCUUCUUGCAGCCAGGCUCGCUGCCCGAAUCUUUGCUUGAGUUGGACAUAAGCAACAAUGCCAUUACUAUCAUCAUGGAGGAAACCUUUGGCCGUUUGAGAAACCUGAGGGUUUUGAUGGCUCAAGGGAAGCAUUUUUUCUGUAACUGUGACUUGUAUUGGUUUGCCAACACAUACCUUGCUAGCCCAAAUGUACAGAUACAUGGACGAGAGGCCCUGAAGUGCAGUUUCCCACUCCAAAAGCGAGGUCUUUUGGUUGAAAACAGCAACCUGACAAUCCUCUAUUGUUCUCUUGGCCUUCAAAUGGGGAUUACUGCCAUUGUGGCCGCUAUGUUUAUGACCGUUAUCACUGUCCUCUGUUGGCGUUUCCAUGGGCCUUGGUAUAUUAAGAUGGGCUGGUACUGGUGCAUGGCCAAGAGGAAGCAGUACCAGAAGAGUCCCGAAGACAAAUUGUAUGACGCCUUUGUCUCAUACAGUGAAAAUGAUGCACCCUGGACAAAAGAGAUCCUGCUGAAAAAUCUGGAAGCCAAUAAUUAUAGAGUAUGUUACCAUGAGCGGGACUUCCUUCCAGGCCACCCAGUUCUUGGGAACAUUUUCCAUUGCAUUGAGAACAGCCAUAAAGUCCUUUUUGUGUUGUCGCCUAGCUUUGUCAACAGUUGCUGGUGCCAGUAUGAACUCUACUUUGCUGAACACCGGGUCCUGAAUGAAAACCAAGACUCUCUCAUUAUGAUAGUGCUGGAGGACCUCCCUCCCAACAGCGUUCCUCAGAAAUUUAGUAAACUUAGAAAGCUAUUGAAAAGGAAAACCUAUCUGAAGUGGAGCUCGGAGGAACACAAACAAAAACUCUUCUGGUGCCAGUUGAACGCUGUCCUGAAAACAACCAAUGAGCCCAUGGUGCUGGAUGAAACAAUCGAGCUGCAUUAAAUGAUGGAUGACAUGCAAUUGAGAUUGUGACUUUAUUCAUAGGGUGCUUCUUGUUGAGACGUUGGCUUACUUGGUUUUUCAUUGACUGUUUGGGGUUUCUUCUAAGUAUAGUUAAACGUUCUCAAGAGCACUGCUUCUUAAAAUGUGAAACCUGGCCCCAAAUGAGAUCCCCUUAGCUUAGGAUUGGGAUCUUGAAAACAUUGCCAACAUUACAUUUCUCUGUCCAUCACUGUCCAUCACUGAAUGUCUGUUUUUUAUAUUUACACAAAUCUGUUGUGCAAUGUCUACCAUGGACUCUGUAGAAGAUGUUUCAGCUGUGCUUCAUAUAAGGAAAAUCAGCUUGUUUAUCAAGGUUUGUUAUAUGUAAAUGUUUGAUUUUUAUAGCUAUCUAAUCUACUAUCCAGGGCCAUGUAAAAUUUCGGUUCCAAGGGGAAAAGUUUAAGAAGUCCUGGUCUAGAGGUUACAAGAGCAUUAAGUAGGAACACAAAAAAAACUUACAAUUUCUAAUAGACAAUUUCUAGGGAAUUCAUUUAAGAAGCAUCAUUGGAAUGAAUCAGAGCUUGAGAAAGUACAUAUUUUUGACUAUUGCUCUUACCUGUCAGCUGAGAAAUUUGGGGAAGUGCAGCAUAAAAAUGAAUCAUCAUGAUGUAGCGAUUUUAGUCUAGGAAUCAAGAGUAAAGUUCACUCAGCCAUAGAAACUCUUUUGGUGACCUUGAACAAGUCACAUCAUCUUUGCCUUAGAAGGAAGCAAUCACAAAUCUCUUCCAAGGAAAGCUCAAGUUGGAAAUUACUUAAGAAUAACACUCACAAAGCAACUUCUCCAAGUUCUGUGCUGAAUCAUUCAGAAGUAUCAUGUUGCAAUUAUUAUACUCUGCUCUACUGGGCUCUUUAACCAGUGCCAAUGUGGGCAGUUUAUAUACUUAUUUACUCAUAUCACUGUUAUUAGAUAACACUAAUACAGUUCUUUGGUUCAGUUGUUUCUUACCUGAUAAUUUUGUAUGUAUGUGAAUUUUGGGCUACUCUAAAAAUAGAUGGAAUUGUGAAUUAUUUGAUGUUCCAACAACUCCUGUGCUAACAAGUGCUUUUAAUAUUGAUUUAGUAAUUAAAUUAUUUUUCUAAUUUA